CUUGGGAGAGAAGACGGCUGAAGAAAAUGUCACACACUAUUAGUAUGCUGAUAUUUCUGCUGUGUCUUGGAUUCACUUUUCCAGUCGUGAAGGGGAUGUUUAUGGACACGCUUGCCAGCAAGAAGCAAUGUGCUGACGAGGAGUGUUUAUAUGCCAUUUCCUUGGCAAGAGCAGAAGAUGAUUACAAUGCGCCAGAUUGUCGAUUCGUUAAUAUUAAAAAGGAGCAAUUGAUCUACGUUUACUCAAAGCUAGUGCAAGAAAGAGGAGCUGGAGAAUUCUGGGCUGGAAGUAACGGGACCGCGGAGAGAAAAAAUAGAACACUGCAAGAGGCGACUCGGAACUGACAAAUGUUUUUUGGGGAAAA